AUGGUGCAAAUCCCGACUUCAGUACGAAUUCUCGUCUUAUGCUAUAUUCAACAAGCGGACUACUUUCUUACAAAGCUCGACUAUUUUGAACUCAAGACCAAAGAUAAAAGUGAAAUCGCCUUCGCAUUUGUCGAAUCUGAAUUUGUCGAAGCAAUUCGCGAAGGUUGGUGGAUUCUAUUGGACAAUGUCAACUCUGCUCCACCUGAAGUACUCGAACGACUCAAUUCUCUAACCGAAGAUAAUCCAAUGUUAUCUUUAUACGAAAAGUCAAAUGGUCAAAUAUUAACUCAAAAGAAUGGUAUCCAUCAAAAUUUUCGAUUAUUUACAACGGCCAAUCUUAAUCGAAUUCAUUCAAACAAAUUAUCUUCAGCAUUUCUCAAUCUAGUGAUUAAAAUUUGGCUACCGAUGAUAGAUGCUUAUAUCGACAUCAACUCACCUGACUCAAAUGAUCUCUACGAUCUAAUCUGUGCACAACUGGCUGACGUGUCGGCCGGAAAAGAUCUUGCAAAACUUCUUCUUCUUACUCAUGCCACAGUGAAAAAAUCAGUCAAGGAAGGCAAACUUCUCUAUCCAACUGAUUUCACAGUAACAUACAGACAACUGGAACAAUGCAUUCGAACUAUGCUUUAUCAUAUCAACAAUCAAGUCAAUCCUGUAGCGGCAUGCUACUGGUCGAUUCUUCGUUCCUA